AUGAGGGCCAAACGCUCAAAGAAGUAUCGCAAGCUCAUGCACCAAUAUGAGCUUGCAUUCGGCUUCCGCGAACCAUACCAAGUCCUAGUGGACUCAAACUUCCUCAACGCCGUACACUCAUUCAAGAUGGAGUUACUUCCCUACCUCGAGCGAACACUUCAGGGCAAAGUCAAGCCUCUCCUCACAAAAUGCUCCCUAGCAGUCAUGAUGGCCAACCAACCCAUCAACCCCCGCACUAACAACCCCGUCCGUCCCGCACAACUUCCCCCGCCCACCGUCCUCCCAUUGCGCCACUGCUCCCACAACGAAGACGACACUCCCAUCGACGAAGCGGAGUGUCUGCUUUCUCUUCUUUCGCCGUCCGCAGACGUCAAGCGGAAUAAGGAGCAUUAUAUCCUCGCCACGGCAGACCCGGCGACGCCCAAGGCUGCGCCGCAGAACGACAAGAAGCGGAAGCGGGGUGUCGAUGAGGCCGAGGUUGCGCUGAGAAAAUCGAGAAUGUUUAGGAGCGCGGCACGGGCUAUCCCCGGUGUACCGAUUGUUUAUGUGAAGCGAUCUGUUAUGGUUUUGGAGCCGAUGAGUUCGUUGAGUGAGGAGUUGAGGGAUGGGUAUGAGAGUGGGAAGUUUAGGGCUGGGUUGAAUGAUGAUGCGGUUCCGAAGAGGAGUGGGGACGGGGAGAAGAAGAAGAAGGGAUUUAAGAAGGUGAAGGGCCCGAAUCCGUUGAGUGUUAAGAAGCCGAAGAAGAGGGAUACGGAGUCGGCUCGGCCUGCGAAGAAGAGGCAGGCUGAGGAUGGAGAGGGUAAGGUGUCUGCGGAGAGGACGGAAGAUGGCGAUUCUGCGCCCAAGGCCAAGCGGAGGAGACGUCAUCAUAAUCGCGGUACUAAGAAUGAGGGCGAGGAUGGCGGCGAUGCGGCUCCUGCUGUUACGAUGGAGGAGUAA